AUGGAAAUGAUGGAGUCUGUGAGUAACAAUUCAUCUAAUUUAGUGAAAGGUGUAGUAGGCCUUUUAAAAGAUUCCCCACAAGAAGCAGCUUUGUUAAGAGGAGAACUUCUUCAAGCUCUUCGACAUAUUUUAGGUUCAAAACUUAGGGAAAAUUUUAUUCCAUAUGUGGAUCAGUUCAUGGAUGAUGACUUAGUGAUUGGUACAGGAUGGACAGCUUCUGUGUCCCUGAGGCCUUUAGCUUUCACCAUUCUGGCUGAAUUUGUGUUUCACAUUAGAGAACAAAUGCCUGCAAAGACUUUAACUAUGGCAGUGUAUACCUUUUCUGCAAAAAUUGAGGAUGAGUCUCUUGAGCCAAUGGUUCAUGUUUUAUCAUGUAAGCUGUUGCAAAACCUUGUUGAAUGCAUUCUUAAGAUAUCUGAUGAGAAUUUUAACAGAGAUAAUGAACUACUUAUAUUAUUGCUUGAAGUUUUUACAAAUAAAAUUAAGGUGUUUACAGAAAUACAACUUCCUGCCAUCAUGCUCAAAACAGUGCAUUUAAUAUUUCCUGUAGCUGAAGAUUCAUAUCCUUCUAUUUCUGAUUUCAAGAAUUUGGUGAAAGCUCUUAUUGAAGCAGCUAAAAUCACAGCUUGGGGAUUCAUCACUCCUAAGAAAAAGAGAAGUGUCUCGCGAAAUGAUGUGAAAGAAACUAAUGCCUCCUUAAGUAAACUUGAUGUGAAAGAAACAAAUGCAUGCAUAAAGUUCCUUAAAUAUGCCUUACAAGCUCUUGAUAUUUUUGUAAUUCCAAGCAGAAUUGCGACAGUAACGAGUUCGCAAGAAGAAGAAAAAGAUGCUAUUGGCGAAUUGGCAGAAAUAUUUACAAUGUUUCAUCCCAUUACGUUUGAAGGAAUUUUCUCCAAGGUGUUAGAAUACAUGAUUAAUUGCAUAGUUCGGAACCCAUCUAUUAUGAUUUUAGUUAAAUAUUUUCUUGCAAAUGAUUCAGUUUCAUCUGUUUUUGCUCUUCUGUUGAUGGAUUUCCUUGUAAAAGAUGUGGAAGAAAUUGGAGAAAACAGUAAAAGAUCUGAAAUAUAUUUACAAAUCUUGGAUGAUAUAUUUAAGACAAUAGCAAUGUUUCCAAGUGACUACGAGAAAACACUGCAGAUUUUCCUGCGUUCCAUUGUUACAAAUUCACUAAAAUGUAUUCUUCGUGCUUUAGAACCAGGCAAUUAUCUAAAGCUUCUGAAUUCUCUUUUCACAUCUGUUGGAAAUGGGGAUUUCAGUAUACUUUCAGAAGAAUUAGUUCCUAUCCUUCCAUAUAUGUUGCGAGAUUUUAACUCUUGGCAAACUGUUCCCAAAAACGAGAAGUUCGUAUAUCAAGUUCUUGAAUUGUGCCUUAGCAUUCCUGUUCCAUUCAAGGCUCUGAUACCUUAUGUGUCACUAAUAAUGAGACCUAUAGUAUCUGCCCUCAGUGGACCACAAAAUUUAAUUUUGCAGGCAAUGCAAACACUUGAAGCAUUUGUAGAUAAUUUAGAAGCAGAUUAUCUUUAUGAAUGCAUUUUGCCUGUGAAAGACGAAUUGAUGCAAGGUAUAUACAAUGCUCUAAGAAGUUCUGCUAAUGACAUCAACCAGAUUGCAUUUAGGAUAUUGGGUAAAAUUGGAAAAGAGAACAGAACAUACCUCAUGAAACCCCAAAAGGUGGAACAUGAGACAAAUGGUCCAAGCAUUGCUAUCUUUUUUGAUGACUAUGAUGGUUUUGUAUCUCUUCCAGUUAAGAAAAUUACAGUAACAGCUUUCAACACAUUACUUUGUGGUGAUACUCAAAGCUUUUAUAUAGAGCAGUGCUGGGAAAUCAUAAAAGGUGUUCUUGCUGCUAGCAUCAAAAUUGAUAAAAGUGAUAAUAAGUACCACUUUUUUACUCAUGCAAGUUUCCAUUCAGAUUGUGGAAGACAAGAAAUAUGUUCCAAUGAGGAGUUUCGUGAGACCCAUAAAAUUGCAUUAAUGGCAAUGUUUGUGGCAGCAAGUAUUGAUAUAAAUGAAGAUGUUGUAUCUUUUAUGGAGGAUAUACUAGUGCAUUACACUUUAGUCGCAAUUGCCCAGCAUCGUGCAGCUUUUUCUGCGCAUAAACAAGAUACAGAAUGUAUGGAUCCUGCAGUAUUAAUUGAUGCAGCUGCUGCAGUUACUUGCUAUCAUGAUGAAAGACUUUUGUCAACUGUAUUGCAUGCUUUGGAAGUAAUAAUUGAAACAUCUGAAUCGAUCCUUGGGAUUGAAAAAACUUGGUGUUUACCAUUUUUUCACUACAUGAGUACAACGUUUUGUUUACUUUGUUAUGAACAAGCCUGGUAUCCCAAAUUAUCUGGUUGCAAAGCUAUUGAAUUAUUUUUCAAAAAGGGAUCAUGGAAAUGGAAGUAUGAGAAUCUGUUAUAUUAUAUGAAAACAUUACUAUUCAUAAUUGCAGAUUUGUCUUCUCAGAUUUCAGGUCUUACGAUUAGUACUGCGAGAAUUAUUCUUGAAACAAUACUUGCAGCAUCUUACCAGCCAAAUGAAGAACUAAUACAUAUUCGAAACAAAGCUUUAUUUGAUAUUGAGGAGGAACUCAUUAAACAAAUGAUGUCUGCAAAUGAAUGUGUGAGGUUUCAAGUUUUCCAAUCAUUGAAAAUUAUAUCAGCUGUAGCACAGAAAAGUCUUGAAGAUAUAGUAAAACCUCAUAGGAGAUGUCUUGCAAAUCAGUUGCCUCCUACUGAAAAUUUUGGAAAUUUGCCAAUAAACUAUCUUACUGGCUUACUUGAAGGUUUUUCCUUUUGCAUGACUGUAGAUCCAAGUCUUUUGAAUAUCGAUAUGCAUAAUCCAGAUCAUGAAAGGUUUUUUAGAAGCCUCAUUUCAUUUUGUUCCAGUGGUUAUUCACUUCAAUCAUUGCCAUACUAUAAACCAUAUAACUCCUAUGUAAAACAGUAUGCUGCUGCAUUACAGGCAUUAAAUGCAUUUUUUAAUAUCCAAAUUGAAUAUCAGAAAACUAUUUUUCGUAUUUUAUUUGAAGCACUUAAAUCUGAUUUGCCAGACGUGUGUACUGCUGCAUAUGAGUGUAUGGAAAAAAUAGCAGAAAAUGAGAGCUGUAAUAUUCUGAGUAUGGUGUUGGAUUGUGUCUCCACUCUCCUUCAAGCCGAUGAAGGACAGACUCUCAAAAUCUCACAUAUUAAUGUCUUAGGUUACUUGUUAAAGUUAUUUAGAAAACAUUUUUCUGAAGAUCUUCAUCUAUGGUUGUAUAAAACCUUCAAAAAGUGGUUGAGAAGUCUUUCUUCAACAUUUAAAGAAAGUAAUACUAUUGAAUCAUUAAACAUGCUGAAGAUGUGCUCAGAUAUGCUGACUGUGUUUCAUUUUGUAUCAGAAAAUUCUGCAUUAAUUGUUCGUCAUAUAAUAGAAGAAGUUCUGGAGGCUGAAAAAUCCCUUGAAGUUGAGGCUCGUAGCCCACUGAGAAAGCCUUUGGUAGAAUUUUUGCAGCAUUAUCCUAUAGAAACAUUAAACUACCUGAAAUCUACAAAUUCCAUUAAAUUUCAAGAUGUGAUGUAUUUGUUAAAGUGUCUUUUGAAGGAAGAAUAUGGAGCUCCUUUUUGCAAAGCUGUUGAAGAUAAUUCUGAAAUUUUAAUACAUCUUUUAGAAGAUGCCUGCAAGUGCAAACCGUAUGAGUCAAUCAGUGAAAAUAUUUUGAUGGUUCCUUCUUCCCUCCCUAAGGAACAUUAUAUUGCUAUUCUAAUCAUUAGUCGUAUUAUUCGAUACAAUGAUAACUGGCUGCCUAAUCAGCAUAGACUGAAAGAAUUAUUACUAAGAAUUUGGUAUUGUGAAAAAUUUCAUCAGCGUUAUUCAAGAUCAAAAGUAAUUAAUUUCAAGGAUUUGAAGGAGCAUAAAAUGCUUGCUAAAUGUGUAUUAAAUAUUGUGAAAUACAAUCCUGAUGAUAUUGAUUUGCUUUUUCAUAUGCUUAGAGUGUUCACAGGUCAUUUUCCUUCUGAGUUUCACUUUUUAAAUGAUUUCUUGAAAAAUACUGUAGCAGAUAGUUAUUCAGUUGAGUGGAAAAGAAGGGCUUUCUUUAAAUUUGUGGCCAUGUUCCCUAAUAUUCAACCAGAACUCAAAGCAAAAGUACUUCAGUUCAUAAUUAUACCUUCAUUUUCUGUGGCAUUUCAAAGAGGAGAAGGUGAAAAACUAAUUUGUUCUUCAUCAACAUCCAAACAAGAUAACAUUGUAACUGUUUUUAUUGAAAAAAUUAUAGAUUCAGAAAGUUCAGCCAAAUCUUCAGAUGAAGUGCGGAUACUCUUACUCCAGUUUUCUAGCCUUUUAACAGAGCAUGUACCUUCACAUAUUCAUGAUGGAACUAAUAAGCAUCAGAGUGGAUUUUUAAUGAAGUUGAUGAAAUUUGCAUGGCCUUGUCUUUUACCAAAAAGUUGUGUAGAUCCUGCAGCUAAAUAUCAUGGGCAUUUGUUACUUGCUAUUAUAAUAGCUAAAUUUUCAAUACACAGGAAAAUUGUUUUGCAAGUUUUCCAUAGUUUAUUAAAAGCGCAUGCAACUGAAGUACGAGGUAUUGUUCGUCAAGCUUUAAAGAUUUUAACUCCUAAAAUUCCUGAAAGAAUGGAUGAUGGUAACAAUAUGUUGAUGCAUUGGACCAAGAAAAUUAUUGUAGAAGAAGGCCAUUCCAUCUCUCAAUUAGUUCAUAUUUUGAAUUUAUUAGUUGAUCACUAUAAGGUUUAUUAUCCUGUGCGACAUCAAAUGAUACAUUACAUAAUUACCUCUGCAGACCAACUAGCAUUUAGAGGUAAUGCCAAUUUAGAACAUAAGCAAUUGGCUGUGGAUCUUACAGAAAUCAUAAUAAGAUGGGAAAUUAUGCGACUACAAGAACAACAGAAACUCCCCUCUGGAAUUAAUCCUAUUGAAAUGUCUGAAAUUUUUGAAAGAAAAUCAAAGCUUUCUCUACUAAAUUUUCGUGAAGGACUUCUACCUAUUGAACAUCACAUAGAACGCCUGUUCGAAACAUCAAGGAUUAAUGUGCAGCCUGAUUUGCCUGAAAAUAGAAGAAGCAAUAGCAUGCCUGAUUCUCAUAAAUUAUUAUGCAUUGAUUCUAAAGCUGUUGAGAGAAAUGAUGCUUAUGCUGUUGUUAAUUUUCUCUUCAAACUAGCAUGUCUUGUCGAUGAAAGUAAUAUAGAUGGGUCUGAGGAAGAAAUCCUUGCUAAACGUUGUGUGUCACUUCUAAAAGCUGUUCUAGCUCAUGAAAUAUGGCCAUUUCCUGGACUAAAUCUUGGUAGCUGGUUUGAGAAUCUUUUGCUUGAUGUGAAGACCACAGCCAUGUAUAAAGGCAUCUGUACUGGAUUAGAUUUGUUAACUUUUCUUCUUUCAACUUUAAGUGCUGAAAUUAUUUUACCAAUACUGAGUCCUCUUCAGAAAGGAAUUGUGGCCUUGUUAUUUUGUACUAAUAGAAAAGUUUUGAAAUCUCUACAAGAUUUUUUAUCAGGUGUAAUGAAGCUGUUUCCAUCUAAAACUUUAUGCCCUGCUUCAAAGAUUGACUGCAGUGAAUUGAAACUUUUGUAUUCUUCGCUAAAUAAAUUUAUUAAAGAUGGAUUCAAUUAUAAAAAAUCCAUUAAAAAACUGCCUGCAUUAUUGAAUUCAAGAUUGCUAAUUCUAAAAGCUGUCUGUGAUUUCUUCCCUUCUUAUAUUGACUCAUUUUUGUCAACUUUUGUAAAUGUAUUACAAAAAAUGACUGAAGAGCGCUUGGAUAGUAGUGGGGCAUCUUCAACUAAUUCAGUUGAUGGUGAUUUAUUAAUCAUAAGUUUGAAUCUUGUGAAAAGUAAAGUCUGUUACAUGAAUGAAGUUUCAAAACACUGUUUCCUGGAUACAAUUUUACCUACUUUAAUUCAACAUGACCAUGAAAAGAAAAUUCUGUCAGCUAUUAUAAGCAUUAUUGAAAUUUGGGUGAAAAAUACUAUUGAUUUUGAUGACUAUGAAGUUCCAUCCCUGCAAGAAAGUUCUGACCUGCUUCAGAAGAUCAUGCAAAGAAUUGAAUAUCAAUUUCCAGAUGAUUUCGAUCUUAAUCUUCAGUUUUUUGAACUAGUUGCUUAUAUUUACAGUGAAGAAAUUCUUCAGGAAACCUUUAUUAUUGCAUAUCUAGAGCCUGCUUUCAUGGCUGGACUACGAUGCACACAUCCUUAUAUCCGUAAAAUUUUCUGUGCCUUAAUUGAUGAAAACGUCUACCCUCAGCUUCGUGAACGUCUAAUUUACAUUCUGACGAAUGUAAACUGGGAAAAUAUGGGUCCUCACUUCUGGAUUAAACAAUGUAUUGAAAUGAUAGUAGUAGCUGCACAAGAAACAUACAUCCAAAGUGCAACACAUAAAUAUCUCCUGCCAUCAGUUACUUCCAUCAUUGAGUUCUCUAAUGCAAAGGAAAAGGAAUCGCAUUUAGAGGAAAAGGUAAUGCAUUUAAAAAUGAAAAAGUUGAAUUUAUUGGGUGAGAGAGAUGAAGCAAGAAACUGCUUUCCCAUAAAAGAAGAACUAAUUUGCAGUCCACUAUCUUAUCAUGAAGACCAAAUGUCAGAGGAAGAAAGAUUAUCAGAAAAAAGAAGUACAGAUGAAUUAUCUAAAAAUGUUCAGAGUGUAUUAACAAAAAACUAUAGUUUUCAGUUACUUUUGAGGAGUAUCAAAACAUCUAACUUUCUAAGUGCUGUUGUAGAUUUAUGUCAUCUAGACACACCUUUGGCUGAGUAUGUGUGGCUUCAACUCUUUCCAAAAAUUUGGAGUGUCUUAAAUGUAGAGGAGCAAAAGGAAAUAGGAAGUCAGCUGCAAUUGUUUCUGUGCAAUAAUCGCUUUUUAGACUAUGAUAUACAUCCGCCAAGGCCUCUUGAAGUGUUUGCAGAUGCUGCAUUACAUUGUUCUCCAGUUUCAUCUUUUAGCUUAGAUUUAUAUAAGUAUGCUGGGAAAUGUCUGAACAGAUGGGAGAGAUCUUGUUUGGUGCUUGAAGAUACAUGCUUCCAAAAUGAAGAUUUUAUUACUGAAAAUACUUCUGCAUAUUUAGAAGCAUUAACUGAAGCAUAUUCAUCUAUGGAAGAGGAAGAUUUAUACUGUGGUAUGUGGCAGAAAUUCGGCACUUAUCCUGAAACUAUUCUUGGAGUGACUUUAGAGCAACAAGGUUUCUUUUCUAAAGCUAUGCAUCAUUUUAGACAAGCUAUGUCAAAAUACAAAAUAGCUACUUUAUUUUCGCCUGCUUUGAUACUUCAAAGUGAAGUGGAUAUGUGGAAUACUCAUUGGAUAAGGUGUGCUCAAGAACUAGAUAAGUGGGAGUAUCUUUUAAGGUAUUCAUUUGCUCCAAAUGUUAAUGAUCAUCUUGUUGCUCUGCAGUUUGGUUGGCGAUCUUCAGGCUGGGAUGACAUAGCGAAUGCUCUGGACUUGGUUAGACAGAACUAUUCAGAGGAUUCAUUGUGGAAAAUAUCUUUGUAUGAUUGUUACAUAAGCACAUGUAAUUUGCAAGGUAGACAUUUUAAUCAAGCUUCUAAAAAUAUUAUGGAUGCAUCAUCUCUCUGUAUUGAAAGAUGGAAGUCUUUACCAAUUCCAUUUUCUGGCAGGCACUAUUUACUAUUACAAGCUGCACAAAAGAUUAGAGAGUUCGACAAAGCUAAAGAUUUCCAAGCGGAUGUUGAAAUGAAUGAUAUAUCUGAACAUUCUAUUUUCAGUUUGAUUUCUAAAAUCCAGUCAUAUUGGUGCUCUGAACAUCCACUUAUUAAUGAGGAUUUUUCCUUUUGGAGUGACUUUAUUUCAUUUCGUCGAAAACAGUUUGAGAAUUUUUGUUCCCGGAAUGAAAGUGAUUCUACCUUGAAGUUGUUGAAUUGUGUCAGGGACUAUUUUCAUAACCAGUCAUUUAUUCAGUUGGCAAAAAUAUCACGCAAACAUGGACAAAUUGGCAUGUGUCUGGAAUAUUUGGACAAAAUUAAGUCAUCUGCGGUUGUAAUGGAUUCUUUCCAGAAACUCCAGCAACAGUUGAAAUGUGUACUAUGCUAUGCUGAAACAUUGGAAAAUCAAGAUACAGCAAAAAUGAUUCAAGUGCUUAGUCAUGCAUUCAAUUUAAUUUGCCAAACAGAUAAGAGUUACUUUACAGAAGAAAUGUGUGCCAAAAUACAUACUUUUGAAGGUGUGAUUUUAUCAACUUUGGACUGUGGAGUACCGAAUGCAAACUUUGAAAAUAGUGUAAUAAAGCAUGUAAAUUCAUUCAAAACUUGGUUUUCUUGGGGAGAAUUUUUAGAGAAAUGUUUUACUUCCAAAAGGUUUGGCAUACAAGAAGGUGAAGCUGCUGUUACUUACCUGUUAAAGUCAUGUCAGUAUGCAAAUCAAAUACAGUCUUUAAAACCAAUUUCUAAGGUUUUAUGGUUGCUUUCAUAUGAUCAAAAUUCACGUCUUGCUGCAUCUGUCAUGAAAUAUGGAAAGGAUAUACCACCCUUGCAUUGGAUUCCAUGGUUGCCUCAACUCUUUUCUGCUCUUUCCAGUCAUGAAAGGCCUUAUAUAUCUGAAAUUAUAGAAUAUGUUGGUUGGACAUAUCCACAAUCAGUCUACUUUCCCUUGCAAUCUUUAAUUACAAGUUUAGAACUUGAUGCAAAAUCCAUUGAAUCUGCUGGAUCUCCAUGUGAUGUUUUCCCCCAGGCGCUUCAUUUGCAACUUAACAUAUGCAUUCAGUUAUUUGAGUUGCUAAAAAGAAAGCAUUUUAAAGUGUUUUCUACAUUACGUCAAAUAAGUGAUCAGAUAGAGCAGUUAGGAGAAGAUGCGCUUGAUGAAAUGUUGAAGAAACUGAAACAUAUUCUAGCUUCAUGUUAUUCUCGUGCUUUUGAUAGUAUCAAAGAUGAAUCUACAACAGAGGAUUUAAAUAAAGUUGGCCAUUUAUUAAAUGAGCUAUUAUCUGAACUUAAAAGAUCCAAAGCUUCAGAAACUCUAAAUGGUUUUAAUUUUCAUCACAUUCAACAAGUCAGAGAUCCUGUUGUUGAAAGGUUGCAGUCUCAGUUCAUUGCUGAAUUUAAUCACAGUAAUCCAAGGUAUAUGAAACUAAGCAAGGCAAUUUCUAAACUAAAAGAGUGGAUUGAGAAAUUUGAAACUGCAAACAGUCUCAGAAAAAGGUCUUUUGAUCUUGUUGAAAAAUGUGAAUAUCUUUCCCUUUAUCAUAUAAUUGAUGAGGAAGUGGAAAUAUUUGGGGAAUGCUUUCCAAAGGAUAAGGCACAUUCUGUUCAAAUAUUUAGGUUCAUGCCUUUGGUGAAUAUAGUUGACAAAUAUAACACUUACGCGAAGCAGCUUUGUGUUGAAGGAGAUGAUGGGAAAGUAUACACUUAUCUAAUAAUAGGAAAUAAUAGCCAUUCUAAUACAGAAAAGAGUGAAAAAGUCCUCCAGUUGUUUCAAUUUUUAAAUCUGUUUUUGAGUAAAGAACAUGGAACAGCUAAGCGGUCGUUGAAAUUUUUUAUUCCUAGAACUGUUACAUUUAAACCAUAUCUCACAGUUGUUAGUGAUGAUGAAUCAUCUCUGUCUUUGUUUGACAUUUAUAAGCAGAACUGUAUUGAAAUGUCAAGGGAGUUUGAUGCUUCAGUUACUUCCUAUUUUGAGAUGGUGUGUUCUAAGCCAAUAAAUCCAUAUAAAGACACAGAAGAAAUGUUGAAUAUUUUCCAAAGCGUGCAAGAAAACUUAGUACCUGUAAAUCUACUAAAAGAAUGGAUUCAAAAUACCUAUCCUGGUGCUUCAGACUACUUUGUAUUUAGGAAACAGUUUGUGUUGUACUUCUCACUUGCCGCAUUUGCAGAAUAUGCCUUUCAUCUUACUCUGCAGAGUCCUGAUAUGAUGUAUAUUCAUAAGGAUACAGGUGUAAUAAGUAACAUUUCUUUCAAGUUUGAAAGCUUAGAAGAUAAUGUACAUACAGUUCGACCUGUGCCUUUUCGUUUGACACCAAACAUUUCCCAUUUUGUUACACCUCUUGGAAUUAGAGGUGUUAUGAUUGCAGUGUUGUUAGCCACUGCUAAUUGCUUCAAAAAGCACAGAAAGAGCAUUCAAGAACUUUUUCAAGUUAUUUUAAAGUAUGAAGUAAUCAAUAGCGAAAAGCAUUUGCAUUACAUGGAGUCCAGGGUAAAUGAUGAAGAAAGAAUAAACGACAUGGUUACCAGACUUGUGUGUGAAGCAUUGCAAAGAAUUGAUGAUUUAUCAAAAUGUGAAAGUGUUAGACCUAAGGCCUGCAAAUUGGUGAAGUGUGCAAAAGACUAUGAUAAUUUAUGUAUUAUGGACCCACUGUGGUACCCAUGGUUAUAGUUUUAAAUUGA